GGCGUCGGAGCGGUGUGCCCACCUCAAAGGCCCUCGGGGGCUUCCCCGCUGCUCUUGAGGGGAGAAGGUUGGAGGCGGAGGAGAGGCCUCUCCACACCCGAAAGGAGGGCGCAGGAGAGGAGAGAGAGAGAGAGACCCCCUUCCCCUCAAGUUCUUUGCGUGGCCCAAUCUUUUGCCUCAUUAUUGCUCUCCUUUCUUGCGACUCUAUUCCCCCAAUUCUUCCCUUCAAAAUGAACCUCUGGGCCGCCUUGCCUCCCAGCAACCCUGUCCCAUUCCGUCACGGAUGGUAACAAGAGGAAAACCGGUUCCUUGGGCUCCUUCAGACUGCCUUAGAGCCCCCUCCCCCUCCACCCCCUGCUGCUCGUCUCGCCGGGAGUCGUGAGGGCAUCCAGCCCUCCCAGCAGCGAUUGCUAGGAAUUUGAAUGAAGAGUGGUCCUCUCCCGCUGCUGCUGCCGCUGCCAUCUUCCUCCUCCUCCUCCUCCCCCUCCCCUCCUGCUGGAUCCCUGGUUGGGAUGCAAAACCUGAACUUGGAGAAGCAGCAUCUCUCGCGAAGAACCAGACGGAGAGCUUAGCAAUGAAUCCGCUGAAGCUCCGAUCCAUCAAAGAGCCAGAUCAACGAGGCACAGACCAUCCCUAGACGUGAUUAAAUAUCCCUUUCUUCCAAGGCUCGGAGACAACACGGAUUUACCUGACCUGUCUUCUUCACGAUUUGGCGUUCAAAGCACAACCAUCUGGAGGAGAUGUUGCUUGUGAAGAGCCUGUUUCUCUGCUAAUCAAUCAGACCUCGCAGCACACUCAUGUCUGAAUUGUGAAAGAGACAGAACACUUAACCCUUCAUCAGCUUGUCCUGAUGUCCUGGCGUCUGCUUGCUCCUCCUGCUGGGAAGUGGUAGCUGCUGCUGAAGACCCUUCUUCAGUAAGUAAGAUUUCAGCGACAGAUGGAUCUUUCUCUUUCCCCGUUCUUUUCUCUUCUACUCUUUCUGUCUCCCUUUCUUCCCUCCCCAAUUUCAGCUCUGCUUCCUAUAUAUCUAUAUUUUUUGUUUUCAACAUGCUUGAUCUGAAGUUCUGAAGCCUUGCUUGGUGGAGACCAGUGAGACAAGAAGGAGGAAGCAGCAGCACCCAACGGAGCAUUCGCAAGAUACGAAGGCAGCUCUGCCUUGUUCUUCCAGCUGCAUCAUGGUGUCGUUGAGGGGCGGAUGUGGAAGAUUCACACAAAAACAAUUUGUCAUUGAAUGUUUUGUUUUUGUUGGGCUUUGAGAAGAAGCACAAAGUAUAUAUAUAUAUAUAUAUAUAUAUAUAUAUAUAUAUAUAUAUAUAUCCAUUUAUAUCUCUCUGCAAGUACAAUUUUCAUCCAGCCCGUUUGAUCGCACAGGAGCUAGACAUUUUUAUCUCCAUCUCUGUGUGGAAAAGACACUGUAACAAUGGUGGCAUCACAUAGGACUGGGGUCCACAGGCCCUUCCGUUGCUAAGUGCCAAGUGUGUCUACAGAUUCAACUCUGCUCUCCUCUCUUUCUUUGGCUGUGUUUUUUUUUGCCUCUUUUGGCCUAAAGGGGUAACAUAGCCCAUCAUGCUUCGUUUGGGAUUCUGGGUGGCUACCUUGCUUUGUUUAUUUGCUCCUGGCUUGGUCUAUAGUGAUUGCUGGCUCAUUGAAGGAGAUAAAGGUUAUGUGUGGCUUGCGAUUUGCAGCCAGAACCAGCCUCCAUAUGAGACCAUUCCCCAGCACAUCAACAGCACUGUGCAUGACUUGCGAUUGAAUGAGAACAAACUCAAAGUGGUCCUUUAUUCCUCUCUCAACCGCUUUGGGAACUUAACAGACCUCAACCUAACCAAAAACGAGAUCUCCUACAUUGAGGAUGGGGCCUUCAUGGGACAGUCUAACCUGCAGGUAUUGCAACUGGGCUACAAUAAGCUCACCAACCUGACUGAGGGCAUGCUGCGUGGCAUGGGCCGCCUCCAGUUUCUCUUUGUGCAGCACAACCUGAUUGAGGUGGUCACUCCCAAUGCCUUUGUGGAAUGUUCCAGCCUGAUCAGCAUUGAUCUGUCCUCCAACCGCCUCAGUCGGCUGGAGGGAAGCACUUUCACCAGCCUGAACAACCUGAUGGUAUGUGAACUAGCUGGGAAUCCAUUCAACUGUGACUGCAACCUCUAUGGCUUUCUCAUGUGGUUGGUGGCCUUCAACAAUGUCACAAAAAACUAUGACCGCCUGCAGUGUGAGACUCCCCGAGAGUUCGCUGGAUAUCCACUUCUCAUGCCUCGGCCUCAUCACAGCCGCAAUGCCAUCACCAUCUUCAAGUCAAUGUGUGGUGAUGGCACCUUUCCCCCCAUCUCAAGGAUCAAACCCACCCAAUUCAUAACUGAUUCUCAGAGAGACCCAGACGACAUUGCUGAAAACUCAGGCAUAAGCCCAGGGGAUUUUCUCUCAGUUGAACCUCCAGCAUCUUCCACCACCGAUUCUUCAGUUAACCCCAGCAUCAAGCUGCAGCAUGUGACUAUCACCUCAGCUACCUUGAUGGUCACAAUCCCAUCUCCCUUUAGCAAGAUGUAUGUGCUUGUUCAGUACAACAACAGUUACAUCUCUGAUGUAAUGACUCUGAAGAAAAAGAAAGAAGUUGUCACUCUCACACAUCUAAAGGCUCAUACAGAUUAUACUUUUUGUGUGGCUUCUAUACGCAAUUCUAAACGCUUCAACCACACCUGCCUCUCAUUUGCCACUCGCAGUAAAGGGAGAGAAGAGCCAGUGCCCAACACCUCCACCACAACCCAUUACAUCAUGACUAUCUUAGGAUGCCUUUUUGGGAUGGUUAUUAUUCUUGGCAUUGUUUAUUAUUGUCUGCGGAAACGUAGAAUACAAGAAGAGAAGCAAAAAUCCCUUAAUGUCAAGAAAACCAUACUAGAGAUGCGUUAUGGCUCUGACAUUGACACCAGUUCAAUGGUACAUCCAUCACAGAAAUUAGGAGAGCCACCUGUUAUCCCGGUAUCACGGAUGUCUUCACUUCCCUCCAUGAUUGGUGAGAAGAUGCCUUCAUCCAAAUCUAUGGAUACUGGGAUGGAAACUCCUAAGGUUACCACCAAGGGCAAUUACAUUGAAGUUCGGACAGGUGGUGGGGAUGGGCUAGACAGGUCACAGAGAGAUGAUGACCUGCAUGAACUGGACAAUGGGCAAGGUUCAGCAGCUGAGAUCUCAACAAUUGCCAAGGAAGUGGACAAAGUGAACCAGAUAAUCAACAAUUGCAUUGAUGCUCUAAAGUUGGACACAGCCUCUUUCUUGGGGGGAGGGGGAGGUGUUGACUCUGACAUGGCUUUUGAAUGCCAGUCCAUACCAGCUGGCUCUUCUGGUGGGUUAGAACGGCCAAGUUUUCUCUCACCACCCUACAAGGAGAGUUCCCACCACCCCCUGCAGCGCCAACUCAGUGCAGAUGCUGCUGUGACCAGGAAAACCUGCAGUGUCUCCUCCAGUGGCUCUAUCAAGAGUGCCAAGGUCUUCAGUCUUGAUGUACCUGAUCACCCACCGUUAAGCAAGGCAGAUUCCAAAUACAUUGAGAAAGGAAGCCCACUCAAUAGCCCCUUGGAUCGUCUUCCCCUUGUGUCCCCAGGUGCCAUUCACCACCUGGAGGUGAAACCUUCCUAUCACUGCAGUGAACACCGGCAUUCCUUCCCAGCUCUCUACUAUGAGGAGAGUGGUGACACCUUAAGCCAACGGGUGUCCUUCUUGAAACCACUCUCCCGUUCCAAGCGGGACUCCACAUAUUCUCAGCUCUCACCCAGACAUUACUUCUCGGGCUAUUCCUCCAGCCCAGAGUACUCCUCAGAGAGCACCCAUAAGAUCUGGGAGCGUUUCCGGCCUUACAAGAAGCACCACCGGGAGGAAGUUUACAUGGCAGCUGGCCAUGCUCUGCGGAAGAAAGUCCAGUUUGCCAAGGAUGAAGAUCUCCAUGAUAUCUUGGAUUACUGGAAAGGUGUCUCUGCUCAGCAGAAGUUGUGACUCUCUCACUGAAAAGAAAGAAAACCCAUCCACACUUAUACCAAGUUAUCCACCUGACUGUGAAAACAACCAACCUGGCAAAAGAAACUGAAAAUCACCCAAGUUUACAAAACAAACAAAAAGAGCAGGAAAAACCACAAGUAAAAUGAAUUGUCUCCACUGCAUUAUGGGGAACAUUGUUACUCUUUCAAAGGAGACAUUUGCUUUUAUAUUGUGGUGAAGAGAGAGGGAAUGGCUGUAAGAGGGGCUCCUGGGCAGAGGUGAGAGGAGAAGGAUGUUAACCAGGCAUAGACAUAAGAUACUAACCAUCACUUUUCUUUACCUGUUCUUUUUUUUCCAAAAAUGGAAGUGUUUUUUCUCAUCUUCUAGUGUGAGAGACAAUGAUAAUAUAACCAUAUCCUUCUCUUUCCUUCCCAUGUUUUAAAGUGACCCUUUAAUCAGAGCAUAGCAGCUGCCUUUCAAAGUGGACCACAUCUAGUCAGAGUAGUAUUUACAUGGCCCAACCUUGUAGCCAGGAGCCAAUUGUCAAGGAGCCAAAUAUAUUGUUAGUACUCAGCUGACACUUGCUCAAUCCACGCGAGAUACUAUGACAAGCCACUGCUGGUGUGGGUAAUUUGAAACACUAUCCCGGCUCAUAGAAAAGUGGGUGAGGUCCAGCCUUUAUCAUACAUGGGGUCAAUUCAUAGAAAUUGCUUUGAAGUGAGUCAUGGCCCACAGAUUUCAUGGAGCUUAUUCUAAAUGUGACUAAGGUUGGAUCUGAGCUACUGACUCACACCAAACAGUGACAUGCAGAGGACUCCAAAAGUCAAUACAAAAAUAUAGUGUCACACAAAUAAAUGUCCUCUCCAUACUUAGGGUCACCUUGGCCUACUCUCAUACUUCCACAUGCUCCAUAUCUUGCUGAUAUACGUGCAAGCAAAAAUAAGGGUAAAAAUGUAUGCAUAUGGUUUGGGUGAGUGUAGGUUUGCUUUCUCAUUAGCCCGGCACCAUAAUUGAUGUGGGCAACUGGCUACAGAUCACACUGGCUUCAUUUGCCAUGAAAUGAUCAGUGUUCUUAUGAGAGGUUUUUCUGUCAUUUCCAUAUCUCCCACACACAUAUAUGUUAGGGAGAAAGAGGCGACAGUACACUAGCUUUCAAGGAGUCCCCCAAACCUCAGUAAAACAUUCAGAUGUCUUCCAAGAAGAGAGGGACAUGGGUGCUAUCCUACAGAGGGAAAAAGAAACCACCACCAGGAGUUAAAGGAGAAUAGAACAGUACCUACAGUCCCUCUGCGUUCUCAAGGAGCUUCAAUGGCAGCACCAUGAUUUAGACAACAGCACACAUCUCCCUUCCAGGCUAGAUUGCAUAUCCUUGUGGAGCAGAAUCUUAUGGCAGGAUAGCAGGCAAGCUCUAGUUUAUGACUCCUCACUUUAAAAGAUUGGAGAUAUAUAUUGAGGCAUCCCGAAUCAUAGACAUCCUCUGAUGAUGUUGCCAGGCCAGUCAGAUUCACCCAUUGACCAGCCCCCUUGCUGUUUUCCUGGUUCUCCAUACCCAGUCCUGGCUUCCAUACACUCCUGGGAAAGGGAUGCCACUCACCAAUGCAAAAAGUAGCAAAUUUUUGAAAUACAAUGAGAAAAGGACAAAAGGAAGCUAAGAGUUGCUGAGAUAUAUGGGGUUACUCAUAUGCAUUAUUAUGCAGCUGCAUUUUAAAACUUUACUCUGAUCUGGUCUCCAGAGGCCAUAGGGGCAGAGAUGAUUUAAUCAAGGAACUAAUAUAAAUAAAUAAUAAAAAUUGAAAAACCUCGGUGAGCCCUUAGCAUACUGCUACACCAUUGGUAAUUUGCUCAUCCAUAUAACAGACCCAGUCUUUGAUGGCUCUGUUUUCUACAGAAAAUGAUAGGGAACAGAAUUAGUUUGCUGGAAUGUCAUGAAAACAGUGGGGCUUAAGAGGACACAGCUAACAUGUUCUAUCGAUUUCAGUGGAAUCUAACCAUGAGUAACUUGGCCUAGAUGCAACCUAAGUUCUUGUGCCAAUAAAAAAGGCAAUCCUCCUGCUUUUACUCCUACCCUUUCUGCUAUUUGGCACAUUUUAUCAUACCAAAAGGUAUCUUCCUUUAGCUCACAGCCAUUCUACUUCUUCUUAUUCCUGCCUCUCAGCAAAGAUCCAUGAACACACCAAUAAAGCACAAGCUUUAUUGCAGCCACGGAAUGCACUAGUGAUUUAUUUUCAAGAUUUAACUUUGCAAGGGGAAACCUCUACUUCCCAUUAUUAUUUGUAAACCUCAACAGUAUUGUCCAGAGAGCAGAGAUGGGGUUGAUGAGAUCCUAGUUCUAAAAUUCCAAACUAGAUCUCAUUUCCAUUGCAAGGCAUGGAACUUUCCUCCUCUCAAGAGAGGCAACAUUGCACUGAAGGUGAGCUUCGCUGAUCUGUCUGCACCUUAAUGUAUCCUCCCCUUUCUAGUUGUUGCCCUGCAAGGAGGAACAGCAACAACAAAGAAUAAUGAUGUAAAGCUGAACUUUUCAAAACUUGAUGUAGCAUAUCCAACAUCUUUGCUCAUCUGUGUAGUGUUACUAGUGCUAGGCAGCUGGGAUCCAUGGUCUUGUAGGGAAUGUCUGAAAAGGCAACAGCUUACUGUUCACUCUUAGCUGAAGGAUUAGGCAACCUAGUACCCUUUAGUUGUUUUUGACUACAAGCCCCAUAAUCCCUGACCAUUCUGGUUGACAUUGAGGAAUGGGAUAGUCCAAAUAAUGGGGAACAUGAGGGGUUGCCUACUCCUGACUUGUUGCAUUUCAUCCCACACCAACUUCUUUGCUUCACACAGCACCCCAGACAAAAAGGAGUAGCUUUGGGGCUACUUGUGAGUGAAAACCUGCAGUUGGGGUUUUAAAUCUCAGGGAUUUUGUCACCACAGGAAACAAGUAGAGGAGAUUCCACAGAGACGUGAAAAUAUUAGGGAGAUGUUUUCUGUGAGGACCCAAUGGAAAACUUUUGUGGGUUAGCAUAGGGACCACAGAUUGAAAAUGUUACUUUUUGUGACCUAAAUCCCAUGAUUGCUGGGGAAUGAGGGGCUACUCAAAGUUAUAGAAUGAAAUAAUUGUUUCCAAGCCCUAGUAGAAAGGGAUUCCAAAGAUAAAAGCUCUGGGGUCUUCUCUGUGUGUGGGACACACCAAAAGGGGAACUUCCUAGCCAGACUUCCAGGAGUAUAUUAUCUUUGAGAUCUAGCCAGGAACCCUCAUGAGUACAUUCCUUUGGAAGAAAUAGUGACUGCAUUUUCAGGUUGGGGGGCAUAUUCACUGUGAAAAUCUUGCCCAUUGAGAAAUGUUUUAAAUAUAUAUAUAUAUAUAUAUAUAUAUAUAUAUAUAUAUAUAUAUAUAGAGAGAGAGAGAGAGAGAGAGAGAGAGAGAGAGAGAGAGAGUAAGGUACAUACUAUCAGGAUCCAGUUUAAUGGAAUCCAAAAUUAAAUCCCUGUUGGAAAAAUGCUGAAACUAAAGUUCCAUUGGAGUUCCAAAUGAAAACCCAGAUGUCUUGCUCUGUUGUCCUUUGCAUGCCAGCAUGUUUCUCCCUGCAGUGAUCUUCGAAAAUUAUAACAGCAGAACCAAGCACAGUUUAGGAUCCCCAUGAAGGAUUCAGAAGGCAUCUUUGGUAACAUGCCCUUAAGGUGCUUAAAGCAGUAGGAGAGAUGGGAGUUUGUUAACGAGAGGAGGCUUUAGUACCACUUGGAUGUGGGAUACCUGGCUUUCUAAAUUAUGGAGAAAUUGAAUAUAAAGAGUCUCUAAUAAUUAUAAAGGUGUAGGGCUGCUGCGUUCUCUGGAAGAUACAGGAUUGCUUGGAUCCAGUUUGGACAGGAAGCUGGGCUUUUUAUGUUGAUGCAGAUGCAGUUUUUCCUAUAAUAGUCUUGCAGUGGUAGGAAUCUCCCCAGAAACAACAACAACUUAAUGUAACUUUUCAAAAAUACAUGCUGAUGCCAUCCCCAUGUAGAUUUUCAUGACCCUAGGGAAAUGAGAUAACUUGCCUUUUGACUCGGAAUCAGGGUAAAGAGGAAUGAGGUUGGAAGGAAGGUGCAAGCAAAGAUUGUUCCUCAUUUCUACUGCUUCACUCCAGCCUCCCCUUGUCAUCCCAUAAUUUAUGCUAUGGAACAGGAUGGGCCACGGGUGAUUGUGUACUGCUGUUGACUUUGACUCCCUCCCUUCCACCUCUCUCCACAAUACAGAGACAAGGGAUUCAGAACACUAGUGGGGAGGGGGGAGUGGUUGAGUAAGUGGGGCAUGUAGCAAGCCAAGCAUCUUCUAGAUGUGAAGGAAAGGUUGCAAGUGAUCUGUAUCCUUCUUAUGUCCUGCAAAGCAAGCCUUGGGCUGUGGGCAGAAUAUUGCAUAACAUGGGGCAGUUCCAACAGGGGAGGAAUGGCAAGGCGAGAUAAUAGUGAAAGAAGACUUGCUCCAAAUUCCCCUGGCCCCUUCCUUGUAGCUAGUUUGGGACUUCAACUGCAACGUACACACACUACCAGUCUGAGAAAAAAAAGAGGAGAUCUAAGCGUUAUAUUUGCAUGAUGAUUUUACUGUAUUUUUCUGAGCAAAAACAUCUUUUGUGUAUGUGCUGGUUUGUCAGAACUAAAUCUAACCAUGCUCUUUUGCUUUUUCCUCCCACUUUGCCCCACCCCACAAAUUCCUCCAUACUCCCUUACCACCAUUGUGAGUUGAAAUCUUUGGGAGAGAGCGGACUCCAAAGAGAACCCAAACCUAGUGCCACCAGCAAAAUAGUAACCCCCUUCUGAUCCAGUCCACAUUGCCCUGCUGGUUUCGGCUUGGGUAACUUUUUGAGGCCUAAGUGAUGGCUCCAGUCUUUUAAUCUAUAUUCAUUCUAUAAUAAUUAUCCACCCCCACCCCCCCAUGAACCCUGAUUCUGUAGAAAUGCUUGUGAAGCAAUGGCUGUCAGGCAAGAGGACUCCUAGUUCUUGGUCAAAAGCAUCUACUGCUAGCCUAUCAUGCCAAUAAAACUGUUGUUCAGGGAUAUAAUAAAAAGUUUAAUUUUAAAGGCAUGACCUGAAGGCCUCAUCCAAAGUGAAUUGGUUUUAAUGGGAGCAAAAAACACCCCUCUAUUGUUGUAGAUUCUGUGAAUUGUAUUUCCUCAAAAGCCUGCAGGUAAUUUGGUAACCUAAGCAACAAUUGUUGAUCAAGUGAUCUUGACAGUGAUCUGCCUUUUCUGAAAUGACCAUCCCCAAAUUUAAUCUAUCCUCUUUCAUACUCCUGUAGUUCUUACCACGGAGACCAGAACAUCUUUGGGGGAAAAAUUCCUUGGGGCAAAUGAACGAAGAAAUCUGAUACUUAUGUUGGAGAAGUUCUUGUUUCCUUUCCUUGCUACACUUGAACCUAGCAAUUAUUGGACAUCAGAGAUAUCGUGCUUAUCCCAUUGAAAAGAAGAGGAAAUGCUGGAGUUGAUUUCCUGUUCUGUUCUGAUAAAUCUUCUAGUUAUAUCUCUGCAAGAGAAGAGCCUAUGCUUGGUUGUUUACUUGCCUCUUUUGAGUGCAGUGCUGUGGAAAUACAGAUGCCUGUCCCCCAUGGAAUGGAUUCUGGUCACAACCCAUCCCCAUGUGAGUUGUCCUGAAGAAGAAUAUGACCAAGAUAUCAAGCAUCUCCUGGAACUGAAUGGCAGAUGGCUAAGGAGGGUCAGGAGAACAUGGACGCAGUGAACUAUCACAUUAAAACUAUGACCUGUGAAAAAAAGACAUUGUGUAGAUUCCAGUGCAUGAUUGCCAUAGGCACAGCCACAGCAAAUACUGCAGUGCUGUUCUUGCCUCAUUCUCUGCUAUCUUCCAUCCUAUGCCAGAUAAUUCCUCCUGAGGUGGGCGUGAAAUAUUCAUGAACGACAAAUGAAAAUUUAUGUCAAGGAAUCUUGGCUGCGGCGGUGUCGAUGUGUUUGCAAUGCUAAUCAGGCUGGCUUCUUGCUAGAGGCACUCAGAGGCAGUGAUGUGGGGUGGGAAAUAGUUAAUACAGUCAGGACCCCACAAAAAACAAAGGAGACAAGAUAUGGUGGGAGAGAAAGAGAAGAGGGAAGGCAGAAGAAGCAGGUGACCAAAAAAGAAGAAAAGAGGUAUAUGAAUACAGAGAAGCAGUUUGUGGACUAGACUACAGAAAACAGAAUGAAUGAGCAAGAAAACCAAAAGAUAAAUGUAUAGGUGCCACAAAUUUUCUGAGUCAAGUUUAGUGUCAACCCUCCCCUAAACCAGCAUAAGGGCUUCUUUGCACUUUCUCACAACUUGCAGCUCCACAUUGCCUCUGACAGUUAAGCAACACAAUGGAAAUAGAGAUGAAAAUAGGUGGAUAGGAUGGAAAUGAUGAACUAGCUGCAUGAAAUUGCACUCGUUUAAAGCUGUGUUAUGAUUACUAGCCAGUAUACCCAAAUAAUGGGAAGCUGGAGCCCAUCUAUUCUAGACAGAGAAUGGUAUAGAGCUGACCUGAAUUAUUGAAUCAUUCUGUUUCCCCAAGGAUUGUGCAGGUUAUCUUUAUCUUUCCACCAGUCAGACCACUUUGUCCACAUUCAUCUCAUAUCAGGCCAAAUACUAAGGUGGGAUGAAAUUCAGAUAGGUUUGCUGUAGCCUGCACACACACUGUUUUACCUACGGCUGAUCCAAUGCGGAAAGUCAAAUUUCAAGAAAUAUCAAUUGAACCCAGACCCUGAGAAACUUAAAUGAGUUCCUACUGACAUAACAUUUUGGAGGUGUCAGGAAAAUGCAGUGGAAAUUGGGUGGUACAGUGGAGACAUGGAGAUUUCACAACACUGCAAAGUCAUCUGAUGCUUUAAACUCUCACAAUUCCUGUUUGCCAUACAGAAGGAAAUACAAAUGCCCUUCUAGAUGCUGUUAGACAGCUCAUUAUCCAUCAUUGGGUACGUUGAAUAGUGCCAAUAAUUCUGUUUGUGGAUCAGUUGGAAGGAGACCCUUCCUUUCGAAAUAGUGAAGAAAAUCCCCUUCAGGUUAUGAGUCCAGCCAUAUCCUGAGAUACACCCUUUCCCUAGCUCUGAUUUGAGGAAACAUUUUAUAGCAUAUCAACCCUAUGUAUUCUUUCUCCUGCUAAAAAGUCAAAAAAUGGGAAGUCUGCACUUAUUAAAUGCUUUGACAGGAAAACUGAUAGCAGUGUUAUGUGGUGAGGUGAUGGUGGAAGACUGAGGAGAAACAGAUAGAAUUAGGAAACUAAUGAGACAGAGUUUGAGAAGGCAUAGGAACAGGUCAGAGAAAACACUAAGUUAUUGUGCCAGUUAUUUUGAAGGCCAAGAGCCUGUUCUAUAUAGUUCCCUUUAGCAACAUCUCAUCCAUUGGAAUCAAACCAUUGAAGUAUGAUACAGUACAGGGCAUAGUGUGCAAUAUAAACAUGCCUACAUGAAUAUUUCCUCAACUGAUCACCAGAAUAUCCAGCACCACUAAAACUUAUUGAGAAGAAGGCAGCCACAGAAGGAAGCCAAGAAGUGAAAUAUCUGCUCCAUCUUCUUUGUUCUUAAAUGCAACGGAACAGUGAACAGAAUGUGCAGGUAGUCCACUUUUAUAUGGAAGCCACCACCACAUUGCGCAACAGCCAUGACAGCUGCACACAGAUGAAAGUGCAACUCUUCCAGGAUCAGGGACAACAGCCUCCGUAGAGUCACGGUGUACAAACUACAACACUGGGAAGUUGUUCUUUAAUGGAUCUCACUGUGAAAUGUUUUGUACUGAGCUCUUUUUUUUCCUGGGUGGGUGGGGGAUUUUUUGUGGACUUUGAGGAAACUUUCAUCCCAUGCUGCCAUGCUCCUUAAUCUUCAAAUAUUUGCUUUUAUGAUACUAUGUGGAGUUUUGCUCUAUGGAGUAGAUUGCAGUCACCUUGCAAUCUUUUGUGGACGUUCCUUUCUGUUGCAAACUGGAAGAAAGGACCACAUCCAUCUACCCUCUGCCCACCUUUUCCACCUUGAUCUGCUGUAUCUCAUUCAGGAGGAAGAUUUAACUCCAUAUAUUUCAGGGCAGCAAACCUACCUGAAAGUGGACUGAAAAUGGAAAUUUCUUCCAAACCUUACACACAUACAUACAUCUUCUCCAUCUUCCCGAGGGAUGCAUUUUCUUAGGUCCUUACCUCUCCCACCAUUAACUUCCUCCAUUCUUGGCCUUUGUGUCAAUUAUGAGGCCUUGCUUUCAGGUGACUCCUACACUCCUAAUAUCAAAUGACAACACCAGGAGAAGGAGCCAGUAGUAAGAAGGGUGGAAUCCCAGCAAAGCCCUGCCACCCACAAGCACAGAAUUGGGGUACAAGAGUUGGGGGUAGUGCCCCUUCAUCUCUAGGUCUCCUUCUCAAGUCCCACUUCUGCUCCCCUUGAAUGUAAUACACAAUUGGAGGCAGCUGCCAGUUUGGGUCCUCGCCAGUCGCUUGGGUUCCCUCCUCCUGUAAUGAUCCUGUGAACUUUGGUUGUGUAUGGAGAUUUAUUUUUGAAGUUUGGUUUUAUUUUAGGUUUGGUUUUGAAUUGAUCUUUCUUUAGUCCCCUGCCCCCUUCCAUAUUUUAAACUGAAUGGCACGAAAUUGUUUUCCUUGAAUCGGAGAUUCCUGUAUGGAGAAAAUCAAUUUCUAUAUUUGCAAUAAAUUUCUUAUUAAAAAAAAGAGAGAAACAAUUAA